AUGGCUGCUCAGCAGCUUUUACAGAGCAGGCAGAAGAAAAAGUCCUCUAAGGAAUCAGUGGUGUUCCCCAGCAAAAUCUGCACGGAGCAGCAGUCGGCGGCGCUGGUGAAGCAGCUGCUGGCCAUCUCUGUGUCCUGCAUCACCUACCUGAGGGGGCUCUUCCCAGAGAACUCCUAUGGAACUCGAUACUUGGAUGACCUCUGUCUGAAGGUUCUCCGAGAAGACAGAAACUGUCUGGGGUCGCUGCAGAUAGUCAAGUGGCUUCAAGGUUGUUUUGAUGCUUUGGAGAGGCAGUAUCUGCACAUCGCCGUGCUGGCAAUUUACACCAAUCCCAAGGAACCAGAGACAGUGACUGAGCUGUACCAGUUCAAGUUCAAGUACAUAAAGGAGGUGCCCCAGAUGGACAUCAUCAGCCAGGAGGUGAGCCUGGGGCAGGGGGGAGGCAGUGAGGACGUCAGGCAGGCCAGCAGGCUGCUGCUCCGCAAGCUCUACCUGCUGAUGCAGAACCUUGGGCCGCUUCCCAACGACGUUACCCUCACCAUGAAGCUCCUCUACUACAGUGAUGUGACUCCAGAGGAUUAUCAGCCCCCUGGCUUUAAGGAAGAUGGCAGCCCUGGUGACCUGCUGUUUGAUGGUGACCCUGUCAACCUGAGAAUGGGGUCAGUCUCCACUGGCUUCCACCUCAUGAAGGUGAGAGUGACAGCUGAAAAGAAGAGGAUGGUAGAGAGAAGCCUGACCCAGAAGAAGGGCCCUACUGAGAUCUCCCAUCAAGGCUUAGACUGUGAUGAAGAGGAAGAGGAGGGCAGCACUAAGAAUCAGCCUCUCCCCAUCAGAGCAGAGUCAAGGGAGUGUGGAGAGGCCAAAGGUGAGGCCCAUCCAGGCAGGAAAAUGGAAGCAUCUUCUUACCUUCAAGAUCCAGGUGGAGGGCAGCUGAUGGGAGUGCAGGAGACGGGCAGGAUGCUGCGCUCGAGAGCAUCGCAGCAGGCCAAUUGCUCUGCAAGCUGCCAUGACAGAAAGCAGUUGAAGGGUGAAGCCUGCCAUGUGCAGAGCAAGAGGAGAGCAUUUUUCUGUGGCAAUGUCAUUAUCUUGAACUUCUGCAGAAAAGCAAAAGAGCAGGAGAAGAAAAAGCAGCAAGGUUUAUCUCUAGCUGUCUAUCAAGAGCUGUAUCUGAUGAGAAGUUCCCAGAACAUUUUCUCCUCUAAAGCAGCUGAGGCUACACAGCCCCAGACAAUGAAGAGAGCAAGAUUCAGAGAUGAGCUUGCCUCUCUCCUUCCUGUGAGCUGGGAGGAGUGA